AUGCAUCUCCACCACCAUCCGCCACCCAUCACCACCGCCACCGGCGCUGCUAUUACUACCCCUUACAUUCUAUUAGCGACCACCGUUUUCUUCUUUCUCCUCGUACUCUCCUUCACUAUUUCUCCUUCCUCUCCACCUCCCCCCACCCAACCCCACCCAUCCCUCUUCCCCCACCACCACCGCUUCCUUUUCCACAACCCCAACACCACCCAAAACCAAAACACCCCUUCAGCUGCACCGCCGCUCCCUCCAACCCCUCCCUCCAUAGCAUACCUCAUAUCCGGAUCCGCCAAUGAUUCGGAUCGGAUCAUCAGACUACUCUACUCUAUCUACCAUCCCAGGAACCAGUACUUGCUCAACCUGGACCGGGCAGCUCCUCAGGCUGACCGUGAUACCCUGGCCAUCAGAGUUCAAUCAGUGCCCCUCUUCAGGGCUGCUCAGAAUGUACAUGUAAUUGGCAAGGCUGACUAUGUGUUCUCCGCUGGUCCUUCAUCACUUUCCUCCACACUUCACGGCGCGUCCAUUAUGCUCCGUGUUGCGGCAGAUUGGGAUUGGUUUAUCAAUCUCUCGGCAAAUGAUUACCCCCUUGUUACCCAAGAUGAUCUUUUACACAUUUUGUCAUAUCUGCCUAAGGAUCUUAAUUUUGUGAAUCACACAAGCUAUAUUGGAUGGAGAGAAUCUCGGAAACUGAAACCAAUAAUAGUUGAUCCCGCACUCUACCUUGCGGAAAAUAGUGAGACGUUUUAUGCAACUGAAAAGAGACAGCUGCCGGAUGCUUUCCGGUUAUUCACAGGUUCAUCAUCAGCUAUUUUAACUCGCAAGUUUGUUGAGUUCUGCGUCUUGGGUGUGGACAAUCUUCCCAGGACUCUACUAAUGUACUUGUCAAAUACGCCGGCAUCAAAUCUUGUCUAUUUCCCAACCAUUCUAUGCAAUUCACGGCAAUUCAAUCGAACUACUAUCAACCACAGCCUGCAGUAUGUUUCUUACGACUCCAGACAGGAGCCCCUACAGCUGAAUUCUAGUACAUUUGAUGAUCUGAUCCAAAGUGGAGCAGCCUUUGCCUCACCAUUUCUCCCACAUGAUUCGGUUCUUGACCGGAUCGACCGGGAAGUUCUGGAACGAAAACCGGGCAAACCAGUACCCGGUGGCUGGUGUUUAGGUGAAUCUGAAAACGAGAAAUGUUCAGUUUGGGGAGAUGCUGAUGUUUUGAAGCCGGGUCCGGGAGCAAAAAGGCUUGAAAAACGGCUUGUUGAACUACUAUCAAAGGAAACAGUUCGAUCUCGUCAAUGUGUAGAUGAAUAG